AUGGCGCCCACGGUAACCGAAGGAAAAGUCACACAGGACGAAAUGACCUUGAUCAUGUCAACAGUAACUCUUCUACUACAGCUGCUAUGUUCAGUUUCAGGUAUACGUGGAGCGUCCCAUUGCCUCUGGCCGUCUGUGUCAAACCCCUGCCCUGCCUGCGAGAUAGGAUGGUAUGGUGAUGUCUGUAACUUCAACUGUUCCUUCUGCGACAGCGGCGGCUGUCACAGGGACACCGGGAUAUGUAAACAGUGCCGAGCCGGCUACUUCUCUCACACCUGUAACGUGACAUGCCCCCCCAACUGUAGAUACAGUCACGGUGACAAGCCCCACUGUAGUCGGGAGGCAGGGCACUGUCUGGAAAACUGUCAAGACGGCUGGUGGGGAGACUGGUGUGAGAGGAAGUGCAGUGGUGGAUGUGAAGACAACUCCUGCUACUUCUGGGACGGGUCGUGUGCUAGAGGAUGCAGGGAUGGUUGGGCCGGUGACAGUUGUGACACCAGGUGUCCAGGGGGGUGUCAUGGUGACACAUGUGAGAGGUACGGUAGCCAUAAGUGCACACAAGGAUGUACACCCGGUGUCCACGGACAUCACUGUGACAAGCAGUGUAACAGACACUGUAGACAUCAGGACUGUUUCUAUGACCACGGUAUGAAGUCUACAGUCUGCAGACAGGGCUGUGUGGAUGGCUGGAUGUCCCUCGACUGCAAGAUGAAGUGUCCUGGUAACUGUGAAGCAUGUUCUCAAGAGACUGGGGAAUGUACCAGAUGCAAGCCAGGCUACUGGGGAUCUGACUGCACU